ACCAGCGGGCGGGCGGCGGCGGAGCAGCAGGGCAGGCCAGCAUGUGCGACCUGGUGGCCCGCACGGGCCGGCACCAGCAGCGCUACGAGGACGGCCGGAGGCUCGUGGCCGGGUGCAUACCAUUUAGGUACAGAGCAAAUAAUGAUGAAACUUCUGGUGAUGAACAGGACAAAGUUGUUGAAGUUCUCAUGAUAAACUCCCAAAGCGGACCAGGGCUAUUGUUCCCAAAGGGAGGAUGGGAGAACGAUGAAACUGUUGAACAGGCAGCUGCUCGAGAAGCUAUAGAGGAAGCUGGAGUUCGCGGAGACAUAGUGCAAUUUUUAGGUUUCUACGAUUUCAAGAGCAAGACUCAUCAGGAUGCAUGCUGCCCCGAGGGUAUGUGUAGAGCGGCAGUGUUUGCGCUGCAUGUGAAGGAAGAGCUGACCUCGUGGCCUGAGCAGAGCACCCGCCGGAGGACCUGGCUGACACUCCCAGAAGCCACAUCGCAAUGUCGGUAUCAGUGGAUGCAAGAAGCCUUGGUCACCGGAUUCUCCGACUGGCAUGACAAGUGGAGCAAAGGUGGUGGCGGCGGCGGUGGUGGCCCGGUCUAAAUGAACGAAGGCGUCAUCGUCGUCGUCUGUCACUUUUGUUGGCCUUGUCCUCUAUCUCCCCCCUAGGCUACAACCUUUGCAUGCAGACUGCAAUAAUACAGUGUCGUGCUUUUUUCCUUGACGAUGAUGCCUAGUAGGUCAUUCACCCUAAGGUCCUGUGAAAUUGAUAUCUUAGCUUAGUAUAUCUCAUCGAAGACGAGAAUUACCACAAAUUUUAAGUGUCUGAUUCUCGGGUCUAUUAUUUUCUCAAAACUUUCAGCUUGAUUUCUUCCUCCAGAUUCUGGAGAUGCAUGCAUACACUAUGUAUGAACUACACCUGAAUGAAUAUGAAAAGUGUACUUGUUA